AUGUUGAAUCAUUCAUCAAAUGAUUAAGAAAUNUUUGACAAUUAGUCAAUGUACAAUGUUAUUGAUCAUCAAUUAGGUUUAGACUUUGUUGAUUAUUAACAUUUAAAUAACUUAGUUGCUCAAAUAAUUAGUUCUUACACAGGAUUAAGAAGAUUUAACUCAGAAGAUAACUCCGAGUUUUUUUCAAAUAUGUGUCCUUAUCCUAGAUUACAAUUUAUUACUCCAUCAUAUGGUAAACUGACUUUAAUAAAUGAUUACACUAGAAAAGAAUUAGAAAACAAAUAAUUUAUUUAAUAUCUAACAACAAAAGGCUAAAAACUUUAUCAAUGUCCUAAUAAUCCUAAUCAUAUUUUAACUACUUUAUUAUUGAGAUAGCAAUAUUUGAACCCUUACUAUGGUAAAUUGGAUAUAACUCGUAAGAAUUUAGAUCAUUUCUUUGGCUACAGAUCAGAUAUUUUUUAAUGUAAAUCAUCUAAUUACUAAGUAUUACCUGAACUUGCAGAGAUGAAACAAACUGGAACCUUUUUUUCAAAUGAUACUUCAAUUGUUAGUAGAUUAUAAGCAUUAUAAGACAAUUUUAAUAAAUUUCUAAUAAGAGGAGCCUAUUAACAUAGCUAUUAUGCUGGUGAAUUCAGACACAGGGAGUUUUGUAGGGCAGAAAAUAGAUUGUCUAAUUUAAUAAAUGAUUAUGACGAAUUUGGAACUUUGAAUAAUUCACAAAUUGAGACCUCAAGCAAUGAUGAGUAGUGA